CUCGGAUUUCAGCUAGCGACGUCACACGGCAUCUCGCAACCCUGUUCCUAAUCGAUUAUCCGUCUUACUGUGGGGUAGGGCGCGGUGUCAUUGCUUGUUCCCGAGGCAGCUAACUCCUACAAAAGGUGUUGCUGACGCUUCACGAAUCGGUGUGCUCAAGUCAGAUCCCUCUUUCCUUUCUUCUCCGGUCUCGUCAGCCGUCAUUCUUCUGGUCCCAAGUCUUUUCUUUUGUUCUCAAGGAAAAGGAAGUCCACAAUGCCGCCACCUUCAGCAAUCGAGCCGCACCAGAAUGGCGAUGCGUCCAAACCUUCCGAUGUUGCGCCUCACGAGCCCGGCUUGAGCGAGGCCGAGGCCAAGGUUAAGAUGCCCAGCUUUCCAGGUCCCCCGAAAUUCGAUGAUGCGUACAAGGAGCGAGCGUAUCUAAAGGGCAGAUUAGCAGCCGCUUUCAGGAUAUUCGGCAAAUAUGGCUUCGACGAGGGGGUCGCUGGGCACAUUACUAUGCGAGAUCCCGUCGAUCCCAACACCUUUUGGGUCAACCCGUUCGGCGUUGCAUUCAGCAUGAUCAAGGCUUCAGACCUCAUCCUCGUCAACGAAGAAGGCCAGGUCAUCGACGGCGGCCCGGUCCGUUUGCUUAACAGCGCCGCGUACAUGAUCCACUCCGCCAUCCACCAGGCGCGCCCAGAUGUCAAUGCGGCCGCGCAUUCGCACAGUAUUUAUGGCCGCUCUUUCUGCGCUCUUGGCCGGAAGCUGGACACCAUUACGCAGGACUCGUGCUCGUUCCACAACGAUCACGUCCUUUACUCCUCCUUCAAUGGCAUCGUGCUCGCAGAGGAAGAAGGCAAGAACAUCGCCAAAGCGCUCGGCAACAGCAAGGCCGCACUUCUCCAGAACCACGGCCUACUCACCGUUGGCGGCACGAUUGAAGAGGCGGUGUUUUGGUUUGUUUCCUUGGAAAAGUGUUGCCAUGCGCAGCUCAUGGCCGAUGCUGCGGCUGCUGGACGAGGAGGCGAGACGGUUAAGAUUGGAGACGAAGAAGCCACAUUCACGUACAAUACCGUAGGGACGCCGAGGGCGGGGUGGUUUUCUGCGAAGCCAUUAUUUGACGUCAUUCACAAGGAGACGAGUGGGGAGUAUCUAGAGUAAGGAGGUAGCGGAUGGACGUAUGCAUAAGGGUGGACAUUGUCAGUCAUUUCAAGGAGUUGAGGGAUUUUAUUGCAGCAAUCGGGGUUGUCCACGGCAGUCCUCGCUGAAGAUUCAAAACUUCAGGGUGCUGACUUUGGAAAUUCAUACACCCCCAACGACGUGAAGUAGCCCCCGAUAUUGUAGAAGAGACGUAGACUACGCGAUCACAUGCCAAAUAAGCGCCCGGCGGCUAUACCUAGGUAGACCAUUUUCAUCAUGCAGAGCUUAGCUCGCUCGCCCCACCAUCACGCCCCAGC